AUGCUGCAAGAGAAAGGAGCCUCCCUGAAACAUGAAAGCUGCUGUGGUGAAUCACUUGUGUCAUUUUCCUUUCUUGCAGAUAUUUUUGUCCUGGUGGCCUCCAUUCCUGUGGUGGCCGUGGGGAAAAAUCAGGGAAAUGUCUUGGCCACGUCUCUUCGGAGUUUGCGUUUCCUUCAGAUCCUGCGGAUGCUGCGUAUGGACCGGAGAGGAGGGACCUGGAAGCUCCUGGGUUCAGCCAUCUGUUCGCAUAGCAAGGAACUCAUCACAGCCUGGUACAUCGGGUUCCUGACGCUCAUCUUGUCCUCCUUUCUUGUUUACUUGGUGGAGAAAGACGACCAUGAAAUGAACGAGAAAGGGGAAACCAAAGAGGAUUUUGAAACGUAUGCCGAUGCCCUUUGGUGGGGGUUGAUCACUCUCGCUACAAUUGGCUAUGGGGACAAGACUCCGAAGACCUGGGAGGGACGACUGAUUGCGGCUACCUUUUCUUUGAUUGGUGUUUCAUUUUUUGCACUUCCUGCUGUAAGUUUUUUCCACGCGGUAAACUAA